CUGGUUGCUAGACGACUCGACACUGAAACACUGAUGUGAAAACAGUCAUCUCUGCGCGGAAGGAAAAACAAAAAAAGAUCAUUUCAACGGUUUUCUGGAAGCUGCGGCCAAAAGUCUGUGAUAAUUCCUCAAAAUAUAAUGACACGGAGCAACUUUUCGGGAUGGCGUUGUGGUCGGAGAUCCGAAAUGUAGCGUAACGUUUGGUUUCCCCACGUUUUUUACUUGGAAGAGUAGCAGCCUGAAAGUGGGAUUUACGGAAACGAUGAGGGGGAUUGCACACGGGCAAAGUCGAGCUUUUCCAACUUAGUUUGUCAUGUUUAGCGUAGGUGCUGUUAAAAUGUCUCUGGAGGCAAGUGAUGUGCAGACUGACGAGGACUGUGAACAUCUGGUAGAGGAUGGCUUCUCUUUCUCUGCUGACAUGUCUGAAAAUGAGAAGAGAACAAGGCGGAAGAGAUCUUCUGGUAAACCUCCUCCCUCUCCAAGGUCUCCAUAUCUCUCCAGUCUGAACGUGAAUCCCAGGAGAGCAGCGGUGGCGGCCUGGAGACUGCCGAGGGCCUCCCUGGGCGACAGCAGGGGGGGCAGAGGGGACACCCUUGUGGAGACUGUCUCUGCUCACCUCGCGUCCCUCAGCAACGGCCACGAUCUCUCCCAGACGGUGAGGUCAGAGUUCGACAGCGCACCAGAGUUCCUCAAACAGAGCUUGACCACGAGGAAACACAAACACCUCCACUCUGCAUCCAAUGGCUACACUUCAGGUACAGGCGACUACAGAGAGAAAGAGGACAUGUAUGAUGAAAUCAUUCGUCUGAAAAAGAGUCUCCAGGCUCAAAAGGCUGACAACCAACAGAUGAAAGCCAAACUGCGCCGCCUGGAGGAAGAUAACACUAAAAGAGAGAAACAGAUUGAGGAACUGUUGGAUCCGACCAAAGGAUCUGAUUACACUCGUAGUUUGGUGGAUAAGAAGAAAGACGGGAGUGUGGUUUUAAACGGGCUCAAACAGAGAAUUCUGAAGCUGGAGCAGCAGUGUAGAGAGAAAGAAAAUGCCUUAAGUAAACUGCAGAGUGAGCUGAGAACCACCAACAUGGAGGAGUUAAAGAUCACAGUGGAUACCUACUUUGAAGAGAUCCAGAGGCUGAGAAUGCUGCUAGAAGCUGCAGAGAGAAGCAGUCGAGCAGAGAGUAAAGGCUCCCAGAGGCAGCAGAAGGCUCUGAGCUCCACGGUCCUGCGUCUGUCUGAGAACCUGAAGCAGCUUCAGCAAGAGAACACAGCGCUGAGAGAGGAACUCAACAUCGACAGUCCUGUCGGAGGAAUCAAAGGGUAUAGAGAGUGGAGUAAACAGCGACUGCUGAGAAGGCUAUUGGAAGUGGAGAAGAGGCUGGAGGACACCAGAAGACACGCCCUCUCGGCAAAAAGCAGCAGCCAAUUGGAUCAGGAGGUUCAGACCACGGCCGCUGAGAUUCUGGAGGUUACACGGGGGGUUUCCAUGGCAACAGAGGCAGUGGUCUCCGUGGGAACGACCACUGAGGAAGGGGAGGAGGUCUCUGCUCUGAGAGGCCGUGUCAGCCAGUUGGAGAAAGAGAAGGUGGAGCUUCAAGAGACUUUGACAAGUAAAGAUGAUGAGUUGAGACAACUGAGGACAGAAAGAGAAGAAACGGUGAAAGAGACAGAGCUAUGGAAGACUGAACAGACAAAUGACCGUGAGAGAGAGAGGCAGGAACAUAAACAGGAGCUGGAACAGUUGUGGGUGAGAAUCCAAGCUCUGGAAGAGGACAGAGACAAACCUGCUCCAUCUGAGUUCCCCUCUUCCUCUCCCAUAACACCAGAGAGCCAUGAGGAGUCCCAGGCCAGUGUGAGGCAGGAGGAAGGCAGGGAGAAGGAUGAUGAAGGGAAAGACAAGCGGUGGGAACAGAAGAUAGAACAAGGAGAGGAAAUUUCAGGUACAUACACAGAGGAGAAGCCAAGGAAUGAGGACACAUGGAAGGAGAGAGAUAAAGCGGCCUGCAUCAUCCAGAAAAAUUGGAGGGAUCACAGAGAAAGGGACAUUGUCAUGGUGCAGUCAGCAUUAAGAGGCCAUCUCCUCAGAGAGACACAGCUCAAGGUCCUGCGCAAAGGCUCACAGACAAAGGCCAUUGUAGCAAAGAGCUGCAGUGAUGUUGCGUCCUCUGCAGAAGGAGAACUGGAUAUGGUUGCCUUGACGAUGAUACAGUCUGCAUUCAGGGGGCACCUGGCUCGUUGUGAUCUUGCCACAAAGAGCUUGCCCACUGUGACCCCAAGAACAGCCUCUACAACAUACACUCCCUGCAGAACAAGUCCUGCAUCCCUCCAUAGCAAUGAUGAAAAGGAGAGUGAAGAAGAAGACCCCUGGCCUGUCUCUAACACUCACUCCUCCAGAGUGAAACUUGCACCAGCCCAAACGGAGCUCCAUUGCCCAGAUGACUCCAGAGGAGCUACUGCAGUUGAUUCUGAUGAUUCUGAUGACAUCAUUGUAUCGCCAUCACGUCCUCUGAGAGCUAGAGAAAACAUCAUCUUAUAGACCCUCUGGGAUGGGGAUGUGUGUGUGUCUGUCUGUGAGUAGUCCAUGGGAUUUUUGUGCCUGAUUCGACUUGGAUCAAAUGUGUUGGAGGCUUAUCAUUUGGUAAGAACAGAGUCAUUUCUGUCUGUCGGCCAGUGUUAUGUGUAUACUAGCAGCCGAAGGAGUUGAUUGUAAGGGCCUUUAGCGCACAUCAUUAUUCCCUCAUCAUUUGGGAUACUCAAGUACAUCAUUUGAGUUGACACAUACAAAUAAUACAAAUCUGCAUAUCUGGUUCACCAUCGCAUGGAUAUGCUCAUGUUCAUACUGAACCUGGAUGUGAUUGCUGGGAUAUUCCAAUAUUCGUCUGAAUAAUAUGGAAUGUAAAUGCCAUAUGCUGUUUGCUGUUGUUUUUUAUUAUCUCUGUGGAGUAAGUGCUACUAUAAUAUGCAAAAAGAUCUGGCAAUUCACAUGUGCUAUAGAGAUGAGAUUUAUGUAAAGAUCUCACUUUGAAUAUGUUACCUGGGAUAUGAGCUAGUGUCUUCACUUGUAGAUGCAUUCAAUGUCUGACUCAAGCAUCCCUCUGUGAUUCGACCAGAGGCUCCUCAACUGCAGGAUGGCUGGACUCCACUGUAGAUGUUAGUAAGCAAUGUGAGACCAGCAAGAUAUCAGUUUGUAGUGAGCUUAACACUCCCAUUAACUGUGAGCUGUUACAGUUUAUCAGUCAAGCCAAAUAGCUCCAUUCAAUAUCUGUCUUUUGAUUCAGUGAUUGUUCUAUUUUUUUUGUUCGCCAAAGUGCCUACUGUAAAUCAAAUUUGAGCGAAUAACGGUACUUCAAUUCAUUUCUAUCUGUUAGCCUGGCUGGCCCAAGUGAACCAAAUAAACACUGACCAAAAUCAGUGCAAAUUCUUCUGGGAAUCACAGAGUCCAGUAUAAUUUUGAAUUAUAUUUUGACACUUGUGAUUUGUAAUGUGUAAAUAAUGUAAAUGCAACAUGUAGGCCUAAUAUUAAUAUCAGCACUAUGAGGAAUGACUGAGGUAUGACUAUCAACUGAUGCACUAUAGAUCCAAACUGUGAAUGAAUUAAAAAUCCAUCUGCUGCAAUAUUGAACACACAGUCAACCAUAUAGGGUAAUCAACAAAGGCAAUGGGCGAAUGCAGUUCUUCUAGAUGUUGUGUGUUUGCCAUUCAGAUUUUUUUUUCUCAAAUAAAUAAAAUGUUUUCUAUCAG